AUGAAAAAAAAAAUGGAAAAAAAGAAAGUAUUUAUUCCUUUUCUAUAUCUUAUAUCUAUAGUAUUUUUACCCUGGUGGAUCUAUCUAUCAUUUCAAAAAAGUCUGGAAUCUUGGGUUACUACUUGGUGGAAUACUAAGCAAUCUGAAACUUUUUUGAAUGAUAUUCAAGAAAAAAAGCUUCUCGAAAAAUUCAUCGAAUUAGAGGAGCUCCGCUUGUUGGACGAAAUGAUAAAGGAAUAUCCAGAAACACAGUUACAAAAACUCGGUAUAGGAAUCCACAAUGAAACGAUUCAAUUGAUCAAGAUGCACAAUGAGGAUUGUAUCCAUAUGAUUUUGCACUUCUCGACAAAUUUAAUCUGUUUCCUUAUUCUAGGCGGUUAUUCCAUUCUGGGAAAUAAAGAACUUAUUCUUCUUAAUUCUUGGGUUCAGGAAUUCCUAUAUAACUUAAGCGACACAAUAAAAGCUUUUUCUAUUCUUUUAGUAACCGAUUUAUGUAUCGGAUUUCAUUCACCCCAGGGUUGGGAACUACUAAUUGAAUCUAUCUACAAAGAUUUUGGAUUUGCCGAUAACGAUCAAAUUAUAUCGAGUCUUGUUUCCACUUUUCCAGUCAUUCUAGAUACAAUUUUGAAAUAUUGGAUAUUCCGUUCUUUAAAUCGUGUAUCCCCAUCGCUUGUAGUGAUUUAUCAUUCAAUGAAUGACUGA